UCCCCAGUACCAAAAAAAAUGGUGAAAUAUUUGAAUAUAGAAAUAAAAUGAGCUAGAAAUCUGUGGUUCAUGAGUGCAGAGGGGGAAAUCAAGAAGUGAUACUGAGUGUGCUAGAGGGACUUGGCAUUUCUGAAUCUUCAGGUAGGCAGAAACUUAUCUGGAUGAAUCUUAUUCUACUCAGGUCAACUAUGGAGUUGCUCUGGUUUUGUACCUUAAUCUGGUAGUGCAGUUGUCAAGCAUGGAAGUCCUGGCCUUCCUCCCUGGCACUGCUAGAGCAUUGUUUUCUUCGUACAUGGAGGGACGAUGACUCAGAGGAUUCUGGCAGAGGGCCGGUGAGAAAUCAUCACUGGCAGCCAGUGUAUAUACAAUGGGCCUAGCUUUCCUCCAGAGCCCAAGUGUGUGACUUUUCAAAUUGCAGAGCUAACUCGUGGCUACCACCUGCCAGAUUCCCUUGGGAAAGUGCCAACGAGAUCCAUGCUCCUUUUCAGCAGCAAAAGUUAGGGAGGCUGGUUGAGCUUGAAAAACAAAUUGGAGCAUGGAACAGAUAUUUUGCAGUUGAAAUGAGACAGAUUUAUGACAAAUGAAACAAGAAUUUAACAGGGUUGGAGGUGUAGCUCAGUGGUAGUAUGCUUGUCAUUGGGAAAGUGGAAGGGAGGGUGAUUAUGGCAAAAUUUUGCUAUAUACUUUAGACUUGUAGAAUGAUUUUGAAAGGGCUUCAGGGUCUUAUUGUUGGUUGCUUCUCAAAGAGACUGAAAACCUAGGACCUAUACUAUCUGAUCCUGGAGCCUCAGACAUCUCUUCAGCAUUGUUUGAACGGCCAUCACUGCCCUGUUAAUUGGCAAAGUAAAGCUGUAGCACAUUCUGUUCUAGCAAGAGCCUUGGGGAAUAGUGAGGCUGGGUACUAUUGAGCAUCCCUUAGCUAAGCAGAUCCCAGAAUCACAUGGUAAUUAGGGUUUGGUGGCUAAAGGAAAGGGUUAUGGUGCAAGGAGAAGACUAGCUUAAAGUUCUGAACCUAGGUCCUCCCUAGGCUGCUGUCUGUAAUGUCUGAAAAGAAAGUAAUGUUGAAUUGGAAAAUUAAUGCUCUCUUUUCGUUUCUAACUUUCCAUUUAUUCCUCUGGCUAUAGGCUGAGGAAAACUGGCAGGCUUAGAAGGUAUACAUAGAGCAUGACAGAAGCAAUCUUUCAAAGCAGCCAUGUCGAGGAGGCGCUGGAAACGUAGAGUUGCUGAGAAAUGAGGACCUGUUGGGGCCCAGCCCCUACUCAUGGUGCCCAGAAGACCUGGCUAUGGCACCAUGGGCAAACCCAUUAAACUGUUGGCUAACUGUUUUCAAGUUGAAAUCCCAAAGAUUGAUGUCUACCUCUAUGAGGUGGACAUUAAACCAGACAAGUGUCCUAGGAGAGUGAACAGGGAGGUAGUUGACUCAAUGGUUCAGCAUUUUAAAGUAACUAUCUUUGGAGACCGUAGACCAGUGUAUGAUGGAAAAAGAAGCCUUUACACAGCUAAUCCACUUCCUGUGGCAACUACUGGGGUAGAUUUAGAUGUUACAUUACCUGGGGAAGGUGGAAAAGAUCGACCUUUCAAGGUGUCAAUCAAAUUUGUCUCUCGGGUGAGUUGGCACCUGCUGCAUGAAGUACUGACAGGACGGACCUUACCUGAGCCACUGGAAUUAGACAAGCCAAUCAGCACUAACCCUGUCCAUGCCGUUGAUGUGGUGCUACGACAUCUGCCCUCCAUGAAAUACACACCUGUGGGGCGUUCCUUUUUCUCAGCUCCAGAAGGAUAUGACCAUCCUCUGGGAGGGGGCAGGGAAGUAUGGUUUGGAUUCCAUCAAUCUGUUCGACCUGCUAUGUGGAAAAUGAUGCUUAAUAUUGAUGUUUCUGCCACUGCCUUCUACAAAGCACAACCUGUAAUUCAGUUCAUGUGUGAAGUUCUUGACAUUCAUAAUAUUGAUGAGCAACCAAGACCUCUGACUGAUUCUCAUCGGGUAAAAUUCACCAAAGAGAUAAAAGGUCUAAAAGUUGAAGUGACUCAUUGUGGAACAAUGAGACGAAAGUACCGUGUUUGUAAUGUAACAAGAAGGCCUGCCAGCCAUCAAACCUUUCCUUUACAGUUAGAAAAUGGCCAAACAGUGGAGAGAACAGUAGCACAGUAUUUCAGAGAAAAGUAUACUCUUCAGCUGAAGUACCCACAUCUUCCCUGUCUACAAGUGGGGCAGGAGCAGAAACAUACCUACCUACCACUAGAAGUCUGUAACAUUGUGGCAGGGCAACGAUGUAUCAAAAAGCUAACAGACAAUCAGACUUCUACUAUGAUCAAGGCAACAGCAAGAUCUGCACCAGAUAGACAAGAAGAAAUCAGCAGAUUGGUAAGAAGUGCAAAUUAUGAAACAGAUCCAUUUGUUCAGGAGUUUCAAUUUAAAGUUCGGGAUGAAAUGGCCCAUGUAACCGGACGUGUUCUUCCAGCACCUAUGCUCCAGUAUGGAGGACGGAAUCGGACAGUAGCAACACCAAGCCAUGGCGUAUGGGACAUGCGUGGAAAACAGUUCCACACAGGAGUUGAAAUCAAAAUGUGGGCCAUAGCUUGUUUUGCCACACAGAGGCAGUGCAGAGAAGAAAUAUUAAAGGGUUUCACAGACCAGCUGCGUAAGAUUUCCAAGGAUGCAGGGAUGCCCAUCCAGGGCCAGCCAUGUUUCUGCAAAUAUGCACAGGGGGCAGAUAGCGUAGAGCCCAUGUUCCGGCAUCUCAAGAAUACAUAUUCUGGGCUACAGCUCAUUAUUGUCAUCCUGCCAGGGAAAACACCAGUAUAUGCAGAGGUAAAACGUGUAGGAGAUACACUUUUGGGUAUGGCUACCCAGUGUGUUCAAGUCAAGAAUGUAAUAAAAACAUCUCCUCAAACGCUCUCAAACUUGUGCCUAAAGAUAAAUGUUAAACUUGGAGGGAUCAAUAAUAUUCUUGUACCUCAUCAAAGACCUUCUGUGUUCCAGCAACCAGUGAUAUUUUUGGGAGCAGAUGUCACUCAUCCUCCUGCUGGUGAUGGAAAGAAGCCUUCUAUUGCUGCUGUUGUAGGUAGUAUGGAUGCUCACCCAAGCAGAUAUUGUGCCACAGUAAGAGUUCAGAGACCCCGACAAGAGAUCAUACAGGACUUGGCCUCCAUGGUCCGAGAACUUCUCAUUCAAUUUUAUAAGUCAACUCGGUUCAAACCUACUCGUAUCAUCUUUUAUCGGGAUGGUGUUUCAGAGGGACAGUUUAGACAGGUAUUAUAUUAUGAACUACUAGCAAUUCGAGAAGCCUGCAUCAGUUUGGAGAAAGAUUAUCAACCUGGAAUAACCUACAUUGUGGUUCAGAAGAGACAUCACACUCGAUUAUUUUGUGCUGAUAGAACAGAAAGGGUUGGAAGAAGUGGCAAUAUCCCAGCUGGAACAACAGUUGAUACGGACAUUACGCAUCCAUAUGAGUUUGAUUUUUACCUUUGUAGCCAUGCUGGAAUACAGGGUACCAGCCGUCCUUCACACUAUCACGUUUUAUGGGACGAUAACUGCUUUACUGCAGAUGAACUUCAACUGCUAACUUACCAGCUCUGCCACACUUACGUGCGGUGUACACGAUCUGUUUCUAUACCUGCACCAGCAUAUUAUGCUCAUCUGGUGGCAUUCAGAGCCAGAUACCAUCUCGUGGACAAAGAGCAUGACAGUGCUGAAGGAAGCCAUGUUUCAGGACAGAGCAAUGGGCGAGAUCCACAAGCUCUUGCCAAGGCUGUACAGAUUCACCAAGAUACCUUACGUACAAUGUACUUUGCUUAACAAGUCCAAGUGUGUUCUCUAAGAAGAAGAACUGAAAGAUCAAUCAACAUACAACGUAUGUUUCCAGUAGUCAGUUAAAUAGACCCGCCUCCAGCCAUACAGAAGCCAGCACUGUGUGGGAGCCUGGUCCUUUUAUUGACAACAAGGAAGAUUGUUUACUUCAUCAAGAAACGCAGCACCGUUAUGCAAUAUGAAACCAGCCAGCUGCUUUUUGUGUGGCCUCCUGUAGGAAGUAUCACAGUUGUUUUGUUUUCUCUUCUUAUAGUCUAACCCUUUUAAUGCCUUUACCUCAAGUUGCUUGGCAGCACAACUAUCUUUGCAAAAAAAAGUAAAGCAAAAGUAAAUGAUGAUUUAAAAAACACCUACACAAAUAAUCAGUGAUUGUUCACAAUUAUGUGUGCAAAAAAUUAAUGUGCAUUCAUAUAUUCUUGUAAAAGGAGUCUGUAUUUUUAAGUGUAUACAUGCAUACUUCAUAUGCAUAUAUAUCUGAAUCUGUAUUGAUGAUAGAUAUAUAUGCAUCUAUGUAUAUAUUUUAUGGUUCAUUCCAUUAGAGAAUUUUCUUUCCCUUUUAUUUUCUGCUCACUACCACCAUUAUAUCUCUCUUUACCUCCUCUGCCUUCAUCAUCUACAUUUUAUUUCUAAUGCUACCAGUGACAUUCAGAUAUUCAUAUGUGUGUCUCAUUUGAAUGUGAAUCGUAGCAAACUACAUUUCUAUUUUUAUUUUGCACACCUUACUUCUGUCUGUCUGCUGUUUCAUACACAAUUCUGAGUCUUCUUGAUACUGCUUUUCGUGUGUUCCUCCUGCUCUGAACUUAUAUUUGCCAUUUGUGCAAUGUGUACAUAAACAGUAGCAACCUAAAGUAUUCUUUUUCUUUAGUCUGUUGAAGCUGCUAUCGAUAUAAAACCUUGUCAGAAGUUCUAACCCUUUCUCUCUGAUAUAUGAUAUUAUUCUAAAGCCUUCUGUUUCUGAGUUAUACAUAAGGUAAACAUUUUAAAAGAUUGGAAUUCUGUAGGGUUGAGGCCUCUGAAAUUGUGUGGAGAGAGACUAAAGUUUAUGGAGGGAUUGGUUUUUGCUAGUUUACUUGCUGCCUCAUACUUUAAUGUGAUUUUCAUAUAUAUAUAUUUUUAUAUAUAUGUAUGUAUAUAUAAAUAUAUAUGUAUGUGUUUUGAAAUAUAGCUUCCUUUUCUUUUAUAUUUAUUAGAAUAGUGCUUUAAUAAUUACAGAAUUGUAUUGGCACCAUAUUUUAUAGAAAUAUAAUCAUGUUUACUUUAAGAACUUACAACUUGUUUUUUGCUAUUUUUUAGUGCAAUAAGCAGUUUUAAAGGAAAGUGUGUCUAUUUGACACCAUUAUAAUGGAUAGUAGGAGAAACAGGCACCUCCAUUGUUUUUAAAAUGGCAAAGUAAUACAGCCUUAAUUUCAGAAGGAAAGUUUCAUAAUUUUCAAUUUUAAUGCAUGUCUUUUAAAAAUCAUAAUGAAAAUGAAGUAAAAUAUUUGCUUUAAGAAAUGAUGGUAAACAGUUUAAGACCUAAGUUUCUAAAUUAUUUAAAAGUAGAUAAUUAUUGAAGAAUAAUACUGAUAGGUCCCCAAUUUC